UCGAAAGAGGGAGAAAAGGAUACAUUAGAAUCCAACUGGCGCCGGAGUUUUGAAAUUCCGAUAUAGACGAGGGUAAGACCGUAGAGGGUUAUGGAGGUAGAUGAGAGCGAGUUGAAGGCUGCGGGGGCGGAACUCCUACCAGAGGGACGAUACGGAGUGAGAAUCCAUGGCUGGGAAAUCGAGUCAAGCAAGCGAUCCAUUCUCAACUCCAUCGCCCUUCCGCUUUGGGAAGAAAAGCUUCAGACAUCGCACUUACCAGAGAUGGUUUUUGGAGAGAGUUCCUUGUCUCUUCUACACAUAAAUACAGGAACUAAAAUUCAUUUCAAUGCAUUAGAUGCUCUCACUGGAUGGAAGCAGGAAGCUUUACCUCCAGUCGAGGUCCCUGCAGCUGCAAAAUGGAAAUUCAGAUGCAAGCCUUCUCAGCAGGUGAUACUUGACUAUGAUUAUACAUUCACGACUCCAUAUUGUGGAAGUGAAACAGUUGAAACAAUCCCAGACAAGCAUGGAACAGGGAAAGAUUUAGAGGAGAGGAGUCAUAGUUUGCAUUGGGAGGAUUGUGGAGAGCAAAUUGAUCUGGUGGCACUGCAAUCAAAAGAACCCAUUCUCUUCUAUGAUGAGGUGGUAUUAUAUGAAGAUGAAUUGGCUGAUAAUGGAGUCUCGCUCUUAACUGUGAAAGUGAGAGUUAUGCCAACUAGUUGGUUUCUUCUACUGCGUUUCUGGCUUAGAGUUGAUGGGGUGCUCAUGAGGUUAAGGGAUACACGAAUGUAUUGCUCCUUUCAAAAUGGUGCCAACCCUACAAUUCUCCGAGAGAGUUGCUGGAGAGAAGCCACGUUUCAAGCACUUUCAAUGAGAGGAUUCCCUUCUGAUUCUGCAGCAUAUAGUGAUCCAACUCUCAUCAGUAAGAGGCUUCCUGUCAUCAUGCACAAAACCCAAAAGCUGACACUUCCUGUUACUUUGUAACUUAUCCUCGGAAGGCUACUUCAUCAUGGAAGAAGAUGUGCUUUAUCUUCAUGCAGGCCCGAGUUUUGGCAUGAUUGUGCUUAUGUAACAAAUGAUAACCCAUUUUCUGACAUUUAAGUUUACAUACAAAAGGCUAAUCAUAACCUUCAUGGUUUAUAUGUA